AUGUUGUCGAUGAUAGCACUUUUGCAGCAAAUAAAAGAAGAUGAAUCACAGUUAUUAGAUCUAUAUAGAGUAUUUUUUAGAGGAAAGCAAAUAAAAUGGCAAGAACUAAAGGUUGAUAAAAGUGAACUUGACUCAUACAUGAUGAAAAUCGGAUAUAAUAAGAGAAAUCUAAUUUUAAUCUCAUAUGCGCAUCAUCUUCAAGAAUUGCUUCGUAUGCCGAGGUUGGAUACCCAUCAACUUGUAAAAUGCAUCCGACAAGCGACAGCAGAAUGCAAGCGAUCGUACAUUAUAGACAUGCAAGAAGCUUCUUUUCGUUAUAAGAAUGUGUCUUCAUUGAAGUUCAUGUUCAACAAUAUGUGGAAACCAUUCCUGAAUGAAUCAACAAACAAGGAUUUAUCUUUGCUUCCUAUAUCUUUUGAGCUCAGCUUCUCCUCGGUGUUUGGGGCAUUUCUCUUUAGUGUGAAGGAAAUAUAUUCAAUGUUCUAUCGAACCUUUGAAGAAAUGAAGGAAAGCAAAAAGCCACCUUCUGCCACAAUUUUUUUCGGGUUUUUUUCUAAAGAUCCAGAAUUCAGCUCGCUUCGAAAUCAUUAUGAAAGGUUUAACUCAAAAAUAUGUAAAUUACUUCAAAUGAUACUUGAAGAAGUGUCAAUUUGUCUGGAAUUAGGUAGGAUACAGAGGAAACUCUAG